GGAGAGUGUUGAUGCAUACAUUGUUGCUUGUGGAUGUUUUAUUAAGGUUAGGUAAUCUUUGUUGGGAGAAUUUUAAAAUUGUUCUACAACACCUAUUCACCCCCCUCUAGGUGUAGUUCAUUAUUGAGAUUCACAUUUUCAAUUGGUAUCAGAGCAGGUUUUUAAAAGAAAAAUCAUUUUCGGUCCUUGAAUCUCAAUCAUGGAACCUCAUCAAGAGGGAGCUUCCAUUGGGAGACCACCAUUUUUAACCGGCGAAAAUUAUUCUCAUUGGAAAGUGAGAAUGCAAUAUUUUCUCAAAAUGCAAAGUGAAAAAGUUUGGAAUGCAGUUGAAUUUGGUUGGUCUCCACCUAAGGUGUUGGAUAGGGAAGGAAGACCAACUAAUGUUAUCAAGCCUAAGUUGGAAUGGGAUAGAGGUGACAAUGAAGCUAGUGAGAACAAUGCUAGAGCCAUGUAUUCUAUCUUUAAUGCCAUUAGCACGGAUGAAUUUCGUAGGAUAGCCACAUGUACUUCGGCUAAGGAGGCUUGGGAUAUCCUCCAAGUGACUCAUGAAGGUACUAAUGCUGUGAAAGUGUCCAAACUUCAAAUGUUAACCUCUAGGUUUGAGACAAUUAGGAUGGAGGAUCAUGAGAACUUUGGAGAGUUCUAUGCAAAACUGAUGGACAUUGUGAAUUCUAGUUUUAAUCUAGGUGAGCCCAUCCCUAAUUCCAAAGUGGUUAGAAAAAUUCUAAGAUCUCUUCCGGAGAGAUUUAGAGCAAAAGUCACUGCCAUUGAAGAGUCCAAGGAUGUGGAUUCCUUGAAAGUGGAUGAACUUGUGGGUUCACUCCAAACCUUUGAAAUGACUCUUGGAUCACCUAGGAAAUCAAAGGGCAUUGCCUUGAAUGCCAUUAAAGAGGAGUCCUUAGGUUCCGAAGGUGAGGGUAAUGAGAAAAUGUCGGAUGGAGAGGUUGCUAGAUUUGCUAGAAAAUUCAAAAAAUACAUGAAGUUCAGGAAAUAUAAGAAGAAGUCCAAUGAAGAUGCUAGAAAAUGGAAUAAUUCAAUGGGUAAAUCAAAUGUAAAAGACAAAAAGAAAGACAAGAGUGUCAAAAAGGACCUUGAGGUUGAAUGCUUCAAGUGUGGAGGAAAGGGACACUAUGCCACAGAAUGUCCCUCAAAGAAAAAAGGAAAGAAAGCCAUGCAAGUCACUUGGAGUGACUCAGAAUCAUGUCAAUCUAGUGAAAAAGAAUCCAAUGCUAGUGAGGAAUGCACUAAUUUCACAGCUUUUAUGGCAAGCGUCAUUGAUGAACCACUCAAAAAGGAGGUACUUAGUGAGUCUUGUGAGUCAAGUGACUCAAAUGGUGAUGAGAUGAGUUUUGACUCUGCAUAUGAGACUUUGUACAAGGAGUGCUUAAGUCUCAAACAGGAACAAGUUGAGUGGAAGACUUCUAAAAGGAGUUUAAUCAGUGAGAUUAAAACUCUAAAGGGAGAGAAAAAAUCUUUGCUAGAUAAGAUUGCCUUUCUUGAGGGCGAACACUUUGACAUGAAGAAAAAGUGUGAUGAAUUGAAGAGUGAAACUCAAGUGUUUAAAAAUGAGUUGAGUCUUAGGAAAGAAGAGUCACAUCCUAGCUCUAAAAGACUUAGUGAUUUGAUCAAUUUAGGGAGGAAAUCAUUUGAUAAAAGAGGCUUAGGUUUUGUUGAUGAAGCUACCACUCCAAGUAGUGGUAAAACAAUUUUUGUCAAGUCUUGUGAAGAAGUAGUCCCUAAGAAAAUUCCUCCAAAACUGAAACUUCAUUGCACUCAUUGCACUAAAAUGGGACACACCAUGGAUAGAUGUUAUGCUAGGAUGUUUGAGAGUUUCCAAAGAAAGUUGACCAACCUAAUGAAUGAAUCAUUCACUUUGAGAAAUAGGUUGUUACAAGGAGGCAAGAGAGUGUUCAUGAAAGAUUCAAAUGUCCCUCAUUAUAGUGGCUUCCAAGGAAGCACUUCAAAUGGAAUGACCAAAGUCACAAAUGUAAAACAAAUAUGGGUGAAAAAGAGUGAGCUUAAUUGCCUUGUUGUUCACACUGCACUUAGAGCUAGUGAGUUACACUCAUGGUAUUUUGAUAGUGGUUGUUCACGUCAUAUGACAGGUAAUAGAUCAUUCUUCACUAAUUUCACUGAAUUUGAUGGAGGAAAUGUGACUUUUGGUGAUGGCAAUGUUGCUAGUGUGAAAGGGAAAGGCACAAUUUGUGCUCCCGGGAUCCCUAACCUUGAAGAGGUUUUGUAUGUGGAAGGACUGAAAGCUAACUUGAUUAGCAUUAGUCAAAUAUGUGACAAGAAGUUCAAUGUUCAAUUUUCACAAAAUUUAUGUAAAGUGUUUGAUUUGAAUGGAAAUUGUGUGAUGAUUGGUUUGAGAACUUCUGAUAAUUGCUAUGCUGUUUGUCAAAAUCCUUCUACCUCUUUUUCUUCUUCUCUUGUGUGUGGUAGUUCAAAAAUUGAAUCAAUCGAUUUGUGGCACCGUAGGUUGGGUCAUUUGAACUACCGUGACUUGAUGAAGGUUGCAAAUAAUGAAGUCAUCAAAGGGAUUCCUAAGCUUGGAAAACCCUCUAAUCCUAUUUGUGGUCCUUGUCAAAAGGGAAAACAAACAAGGAGUACACAUAAGAGAGUUGAUGAAAUUUUGACCUCUAAACCUUUAGAACUCUUACAUAUGGACCUCAUGGGACCAAUGAGAACUGAGAGUUUAGGGGGCAAGAAAUACAUUUUGGUGAUGGUUGAUGACUAUUCUAGGUAUGCAUGGGUUGCAUUCCUAAGAGAUAAGAGUGAGGCAUUCAUAAAUUUCAAGGACAUUGGUUUGAAAAUUCAAAAUGAAAAAGGGCAUCCCAUUGAAAGAAUUAGGAGUGAUAGGGGGAGAGAAUUUGACAAUUCAAAUUUUUUUGAAUUUUGUCAUUCUCUAGGAAUCAAACAUGAGUUUUCCGCUCCUAGAACACCUCAACAAAAUGGGGUAGUUGAGAGAAAAAAUCGUGUCCUUCAAGAAAUGGCCCGAACAAUGCUAAAUCAGCAUGAACUCCCUACACAUUUUUGGGCUGAAGCCAUCAACACAGCUUGCUAUACUUCCAAUAGAACUCACAUGCGUCCUCAUACUAGGAAGACUUGUUAUGAGUUGUGGAAAGGUAAGAAACCCAGUGUGAAGUACUUUAGGGUGUUUGGAAGUAGAUGCUAUGUCUUGAAAGAUCAUGAAAAUCUUGGAAAGUUUGAAUCCAAGAGUGAAGAAGGGAUAUUCUUAGGAUAUUCCUCCAAAAGUCGGGCAUAUAGAGUAUACAUUUUGAGUUCAAAAUGUAUGGUGGAAUCAAUCAAUGUGAUUGUGGAUGAUAUGGGAUCAAGGUCAAGAGAGUGUGAUGAUGAUAGAAUUGAUGUGUCAAAAGAUAUUGAAGUGAUUGAAGAAAAAUCUGAAGAUGAAAAGUUAAGUGAAGAUGAAGAAAAGAAAGAUGAGCAAGGAAAGAAAGGAGAUAGGGGGAGAAUUGAGCCAUCAAAGAAAAAUAAGUCAAGGGUACCUAAGAACCAUCCUUUGAGCAAUGUGAUUGGGAACUAUGAGGAUAGCAUGGUAACAAGAAGACAAUCCAAGCUAAAUGAGGUAAGCUAUGUUUGCUAUACCUCCCAAAUUGAACCAAAAAAUGUUGAAGAAGCCUUGAAUGAUGAAGCUUGGGUAGAUGCUCUUCAUGAAGAGCUAAAUCAAUUUUCUAGAAAUGAUGUUUGGUUCUUAGUGCCUAGACCAAAAGAUGUGAAUGUCAUUGGAACAAAAUGGAUUUUCAAAAAUAAGAUGGAUGAAAAUGGUGUGAUUGUGAGAAAUAAAGCUAGGUUAGUUGCUCAAGGGUUCAAGCAAAUUGAGGGAAUUGAUUUUGAUGAAACUUUUGCUCCAGUUGCAAGACUUGAAUCCAUUCGAAUACUCUUAGCUGUAGCUUGUGUAUGGAAAUUUAAAUUGUUUCAAAUGGAUGUCAAGAGUGCCUUUCUAAAUGGGAUCCUUAAUGAAGAAGUGUAUGUGGAGCAACCCAAAGGGUUUCAAGACCCUAGGUAUCCAAAUCAUGUCUAUAGACUUAGAAAAGCUCUCUAUGGUUUAAAGCAAGCUCCUAGAGCUUGGCAUGAAAGACUCACAUCCUAUCUUCUUAAGAAAGGAUUCAUGAGAGGGGGAGCUGAUCGAACAUUGUUCAUUAGAAGAAAUGAUGAAGUGUUCUUGGUAGCACAAAUCUAUGUGGAUGACAUUGUGUUUGGCUCUACCUCCAAUGAGUGCGCUUUAGAUUUUGCCAAAGAGAUGAAAAGUGAGUUUGAGAUGAGCAUGGUAGGAGAAUUGACCUAUUUUCUUGGUUUCCAAGUGAAACAACUCAAGGAUGGGAUUUUCCUAUCCCAAUCCAAGUACGCAAGGGAACUUGUCAAAAAGUUUGGGCUUGAGUCAACUAAACAUUUUAGGACACCAAUGCCAACCAACCUAAAGCUAAGUAAGGAUGAAUCCGGGAAAGGGGUAGAGGAAACAUUGUAUAGGAGCAUGAUUGGUAGUCUCUUGUACCUCACUGCUAGUAGACCGGACAUAGCUUUUAGUGUUGGAGUGUGUGCUAGGUAUCAGGCAUGUCCUAAGGAAUCUCAUCUCAUAGCUCUUAAGCGUAUCAUUAGGUACAUUGCUGGUACUUUAGAGCUGGGUCUUUGGUAUCCAUUUGACACGCAUUCUGAUGUAGCUUGCUACACUGAUGCCGAUUGGGCUGGAAAUGUGGAUGAUAGAAAAAGCACUUCAGGUGGUUGUUUCUAUAUUGGAAAUUGUUUGGUUGCUUGGAUGAGUAAGAAGCAAAACUCUGUUUCGCUUUCCACAGCUGAAGCGGAAUACAUUGCUGCCGGUAGUUGUUGUUCCCAACUUUUGUGGAUCAAGCAAAUGUUGAGAGACUAUGGGAUUGAUCAAGGAACCAUGGUAGUGUUUUGUGACAAUACUAGUGCAAUCAACAUCUCCAAGAACCCUGUUCUGCACUCUAGAACAAAACACAUUGACAUUAGACAUCAUUUCAUUCGUGACUUAGUAGAAGACAAAGUGGUGUCAUUGGAAUAUGUUCCAACUGAGGGUCAAAUUGCUGAUAUUCUUACUAAACCUUUGGAUGUGUCUAGGUUUGAAUCACUUAGAAAGUCCAUAGGUUUAUGCACAGUCAAUUGACUUUCUCUAGAACCUGUCUAGGACUCCUUCUUGCAUAUCCUUGAGUCCUAGUUGUCUUCCUUUGUUCCUAACUUUAAUCAAGUUGAUGUCCUUUUGUUUUGGUUCAAUCAUUUCUUCAUUUUUCCAUAAAUUUUCAACAUUUGUUGAGUUCAUGAGAGUGACAUGCUUACUCUUUUGUUUAAGAGUUAAAUUGACUCUUAAUGAUCUUAAAUGCUUCAAGAUGUUUUUAUCUCCAUGGCUUGAUUGGUAAACAUGAUAUUGAAUCCUUGCUAUUUUGAUUUGAUUAGAUAAACCUCAAAAGGUUAGCUUCAUUUCUUUUAAGUGAGUAAUAGCUCAUGGUUGAAUCUUGUGAUUACAUAAAUUGUGAGUAAUGUUCUUUAUAGUCUAAAUGCAAACUUAUGUUUAUCUAAUGAGCAUUAAAAAGUGAGUAAAGUCAUCCAGAAUAUCCUUGAGUGUUUAAGAUUAUUCUUCCUUGAUUGUUUGCCCUCUCUUUGAAAUUAAAAAAAAAAAAAAAAAAAAAAUAUUAAGUUUCCCAGAAUGGUUAUGGCUCCUUGGCAAUGUUUCAAGGGUUAAAAAGCCUCCAUUGCAAGAGUGGGACAUCCCAUAUGUUGUUAUGUUGUAAAGGCCACCUUAGUGAUCCUCAAAUUUAAAAUAAAAAAAAAAAAAAAAAAAUGAUCCUAAGAGUGAAGCUCAUGUUUGUGAAAUCAUUUCAAUGCUCAAUGUGAAAAACAAAUGUUGUAUGAUUUUUUUUGGGAUGUGAAUAAGCCGUGUUAAACAGAAAUCCGGCCAAGAGAGGUGCAAAUUGACUUCUUGGAAUAUUAUCUUGAAUUUCUCUAGGAAGGAAGUGUGUCUUGAAAAUGAUUUUUUGCUUUAUGGGUGGAUAUAGGUUUAUAAGUGGAAAGAAAUUAACAUACUCACUAUUUUAUGGCGUCAUGAGUAAGUCUUCUUUGAGCUUAAACAUACUUGUUAGAAUGUUGAUAAUCAUUUGUUUUUUACCUAUUCAUUUAAUAAAUUUGGAAGGUUCUUCAAUCUUUGUGUUUAUUAAUUUUGUUUAAAGUUAAGCUCUUGGUAGCAUUCUUGUUCAAUAUGAAUCAAUUCUAACUCAUUGAUUGAAAGAUAAGUAUGUCAUCCUAUUGAAUCUUAGCUAUGGUGAAUCAAAUUUUCAAUGUUUGGAAAGCUUGUUGGACUUCUUGUGUUUUUAUUGUAGAUUUUUUGCCUAAGUCAUUUUUCAGUAGGGUGUCGAUCGAUCUGCUGAAUGUGUGGAUCGAUCCACUGUGUGCACAGUCUUGUCACCGAGAGCCCUUGAACGAUGUGUCGAUCGAUCCACCAAGAUCGAUACCAUUUGACUCCAACACUUAGAAAUUUUUUGUGAAAAGUUUCCUGCAGUUGCAUAAGUUUGUUCCUUCACCGAGAGCUCUUGAACGAUGUGUGGAUCGAUCCACCAAGAUCGAUACCACUUAUGCAUUUGUGUCAAAUUCCAUUUCUGCCCUCAUCUGGUUCAACUCCUUUGGUUUAAUGAAUCAGGGGUAUUUUCGUAAUUUUUUUUAUAUUUAAAAAAAAAAAAAAAAAAAAUUUCAAAAUUUCAAAAUCCCUAAACAUGUUUUCUUUGUUUUGUGUGAAAAUUUCCAAUUGUGUCCUCAAAUGGUUAUACUCAUGGGUUAAAUGGAUGAGGGGCAUUUUGGUAAUUAAAAGUAAAAAAAAAAAAAAAAAAACUCAAAAACCCCAAAUCUGGUUACUGGUUACUCGUCUCAUUCAUUUCUUUCCAAGCCCUAGGGUUUUCGUUCCAGAGAAGAACCCUUCGUCUCUUUUAUUCGCCGUCGUUUGGUUCGUUCCGGCCGUUGUCACCGGAAAUCUUCGCCGUGCACAGCUCUCAUUCUCGUUUCUGUCUGCUGUCGGCAUUUCGGUGUACUGUAAGCUCAUCUUGUCUCAUUGUUUUUCUCUCUGUUUGUCGCCUGUUUGUCGCUGGACUGCAACUCCAUUUCCGUUAGUGGGCAUUCGUUCCAGCUUUUCUUGUGGUAUCACUGAUCUGAUAUCUUCCCCGUCAAAGGAUUGCUGAUCUGGUAGCCCUUGGUCGUCACAGCUUUUCUCGUGUGUACAGGUUGGUUUUUCUUCCAUUGGUGUUGUUGGUUAGUUUUUGUGUGAGAUUUUCUCACAGUAGGCUAUUUGGGUGGAUUAUUUGGGAAAUAUGCCUCCAAAAUGUCGUAAAAGCAAAGCCCCUGUUAAAGGGUCAUCCUCUAGAACCUCAAAAGGUGCUCGAGAUGAAAAUUUAUCCAUCAUUCCUUCUAUCCAGCCUCCCAGUAUCCCCAAGGCUCCUGCAAAAACUUCAAUUGAUGGGAUUCCCUUCAAUGCGUUCCCGGCAAAAUUAUGUAGAGACCAGUACACUAAGGUUUAUCGUCAGAGGUCUCUUGUUCUUGAGAGACAACUUCAUUUAGAAUCCUUUCUCGACACACCAAUUCCAGACCUAUUUGUAGAACUAGGAUGGCUUCCUCUAGCAAACUUCACUGGGUCUGCUUGUGCUCCUAUUGUCCGAAUGUUCUAUUCGAACAUUAUUGAGCAUGACUUGGAUCAGUCCUACCUCCAAUCAAGUCUUUUUGGAAUUGUUGUUAAAGUCACCCCUAAGAUAAUUGCUGAAGUCUUAGGCAUCCCGUUGGUUCAAGCACCCUCUGUGAGUGAUUUGGAAAUCACCUCUGACCUGUUGGAUAGAGUGUCUAUUGACUUAUGGGGAGAGGUCCGAGGUCAGCUAGGCUCAGGGGUGCACACUGGUGGUUUAUCUCGUCCUGCUUGGGUGUUAGCUACUUUUCUAUCAUUCUCAGUUUAUCCCUCCUCUCAUCGGGCAAACAUUUGUAAGAAUGGUUGCAUUCUCUUGUCUCGUAUCCUUCAUCGGGAACCCAUCAAUCUAGCAUCUUGCAUUUUAGAUGAGAUGAUUUUUCGAGGUGAUCCUACAGUGUCUAAGAAGGAGGUUCUUCCCUUUGGCAUUUUGAUCACACAAAUCUGCCAAAGGGCUGGAGUUGUAUUUCCUGUCAAUUCUCCUUUUCUUAUGCCAAUGGGUCCCAUUGAUACCUCGUCUUGGAAUCGACGUCAAGGACAGAUUAAGGGUGCUCUUGGUUCUAAGAAGAAGGUGUGCCAUAGUAGAGCCAAGAGAAAAUUUGGUGAAAGUGACGCUGAUUCAGAUGUAGAUUCCACUGUCCUAGCUGAAAUUUGUGCUAGGUUUGAUGCUUUGGAUGAAAAGAUUUCUGCUCAAUCCACCUUAUUGUCUGAGCAGAUUUCUCAACUUCAAUCUUAUAUGGAGAGAGGUUUCUCUCUAAUUGAUGGACAAAUGCUUUGCAACAUGGAUCAGCUGCACGCUCUUGAAGAUUUUGUCCAUAAGCAUCUCUCUUAGCCAAGUAGCAGCUAGUUAUCAUUUUUUGGACAGCUCCUUGUCUUGUGUAAUUUGCUUAUCAUGUUCAUUUUGAUCAACUUAUGUACAUGGCUUAUUUUGGACAACUCUUUGUCUCAUUCUGGGACAAAAAGGGGGAGACAUUUUACACUUGACAAUUGACAUGAUCAUGACAUUGUGUUUUGUGCUUUGGAUAUUUGAUAUGUUGAUCAUGAUCAUAUUGUUUUGUAUUUGUGGUUAUUGGACAUGGUUAUUUUGACUCAUGAAUGUUAUUUUGACUCAUGGAUAUAUUGAUUAUCUUUAGGCAAAUGAUAUAUGUGGAUAUCUAUGUGUUAAUUUAUUCAAAUCUUGUGGAAGUGCCUUGGAAUAUGUACAGGUGCUACUAAUGCUUUUCUUGAGAUUUAUUUGCAGGUAUUGUAGUACCUAGGUUGUGGUUUUGAGUGAGUGAGGGGUCUUGUAUGAGAGUUGGGUGGGGCUUACUUACUUGUACUCAUUCGUGUUGUAAAGGGUUUUGUCCCAGAAUUGCCAAAGGGGGAGAUUGUGAGUGUUUAGCUAGGUUGGCAAUUCCGGACAAAAUUCCUAAGUGUCCCCUAACUCGGCUUUCCUAUUCCUAUUCGGACUACUUGACUUUGAAGACUAAGACUUUGCUAAGAGGCCAAGGUAUGUAGUCGAGUGUGGAGUGAUUGGGUGUGAAUCAACCCGGUUUUUAAUCUUUAAAAUGUGUUAGAAAGUUGGGAAAAAUGGUUUUUGGUGCAAGGCUUUUAUUCCUCUGUUUCUGGAUCGAUCCAGGUGUAGGGGUGGAUCUAUCCAACUAAUGUUUUUUUGAUCAAAUCUCAGCCAUUAGAUUAAGGGUUUCUUUUUACACUUUAAAAACCCAAUCUUCACUCAUUUUCUGGGUAGAGAGACUGCUGAAAACGUGGGGAGAGCAGCCACACUCCUAAGUGUUCUUCAUUUCUCAUUUUUGCUUUCCUAAGUUGGGGUUUUUGAUUGCAAAGAAAAUCAACUUCUCUUAAUGUUUUCAAAACUUGUUUUCAAUGGAUUUUCUUGAGCAAUAAAUGGGUUGAUUCAUUCUUUCAUUCACAUCUAAAUCUCUCAUUCUAUUUGGGUUGUGCAAAAACCCAUUUUCUUCUUGUGUGGAUUCAAGAAGAGGCCGAGAUUGAGCUUGGUGCGGACUCCAAGUGUGCUCCAAAAGGAGAAGCUGAAAAUGAAGGUACUAGUCAAGUAUUCCGGGAAGGAUUGGUUGGCUUGAGCUAGGUAAAACCUUGUACUCAGUUUUUUAUUCUUCAUAGUGGAGUUUUCAAUCGGUGAUAGGCCCGUGGUUUUUGAUCUCUUCGGAGGUUUUCCACGUUAAAAAUCUGGUGUUCAUUGUCUCUUUCUCUCACUCUAUAUUUUGUUUUAUUUUUGAGGAGUGUUGAAGCAUUUGCAUGUGUUUUGCAUUUAUAAAUUGUUGGGAGAGUGUUGAUGCAUACAUUGUUGCUUGUGGAUGUUUUAUUAAGGUUAGGUAAUCUUUGUUGGGAGAAUUUUAAAAUUGUUCUACAACACCUAUUCACCCCCCUCUAGGUGUAGUUCAUUAUUGAGAUUCACAUUUUCAGAUUGCUUUCUACAAAUUACAACACAUGGUACUUCUAUGUUUGCCAAACCUCACAAGCUUCAAUUCAGGGGGCUAUAUAUUCUCAUUCCCAUCCUUGGAGCAUAUGGUGGUGGAAGAAUGCCCCAAGAUGAAAAUUUUCUCUCCAAGCCUCGUAACUACACCAAAGCUAGAAAGAGUAGAAGUGGCAGAUGAUGAGUGGCAUUGGCAUAAUGAUCUAAAUACCACAAUCCAUAAUUUGUUUAAAAAGACACAUGGUAAUGUUGAGGUUGAGAUUGUGGAAUUAGGAGUUGGUUCAACAUUAUGAUUAUGCCAUUUUUGGUUCUUGGGAAUGUUACCGUGGCUGAAUUUCUAACCAUGCUAAUGCAAAACCUAGCGCUUCUACACACAUGGCGGUGGUGAAAGCAGAGAGAGAAGUGUCACAGAUGUUGAUGGAGUUGGGUUGUCGGUGCUCUCCUCGUAGCCCUUUUACUAUGGCAAUGAAUCCAAUGAUUUCGCUCUUCGAUCACAGCAACAAACCCUGCCACCAUGUGAAGGAAGUAAGGGGAUAUUUUCUGUGGUCAGUGUAUUCAAGUGAUAUAUGAGAUUAAUGAUUUGAAUUCAAGAGUUCCAUUUGCUCACCGUGUGGGACUUCUGUCAGAUGAACUCUAUAAGUCUUCGCUGUUUGAUGCGUAAGCCCUACCAAUAGAAGAACUUUCUGGAGCCAUGUAGUGAGGUGUUUCUCCAAUUGCUUUGGUGGAAUGAAAUUGUUAGUGGAAUUGUGUCCAAUGUGGCCUCUGCCCUUGUGAAAUGGCUAUGGUCAUUGAAGUCUACCACCAAUAUAGAUGGUAGACCCAAGCUGGUUGUUGGCUUGCCUGAAGGGUAAUCUAGGCAUGUAGAUGGGAAACUAAGAGAAGCAAGGAUGAACCAUCCAAAAGGGCUUACAGUGGAUGAGAAUAUGGCUAUCAGGAAAAUCAGUACUGAUGCAAGUAAACUUUAGGGGUUACAACAUUGCUAGAGGAAAGUGGGGGCGAGGAGAAGGUCAUGUUGAUGGUCCAAUUCAAGAUACAAAGGUCUCAAAUGAUUUUGACAAAGUUUACAUUGGAAGUAGCUGCUCUCUUAUGGUUAUAGACAAAGUUCUCAAAUGAAAACAAAUACCCAUAGUUUGUCUAUACAGAGUUUUUAUUGUUCAGAAAGUUAUUGUUGAGCAAGAAAAUGUUUCUAUCAACCAUUUCAUUUGAAAUGUUAAUAUUGAAUUUAUUCGAAAAGAUAUUUAAAAUUGAAGCAAGGGAAAUGAAUUAAAGAUGAAA